AUGUUUAUACCUGCCAUUUUUGUUUCGCACAGAAGAGCUUUAAGAAGAAUAAGACAUACACAGGCUUUAAUUAAAAUUAAUAAUGUUGUUAAUAAAGAACAGGCUAAAAAAUAUAUUGGUAAUGUGGUGGUUAGUAAAAGGUUUAAUAAUGAUAAAUCUACAAGAGAUGUAGAAGGUGUUAUUUUGGGCACACACGGUAAUAAAGGGUUAGUAAGAGUAAAAUUUGAAAGAAAUAUGCCGCCUAAGAGUGUAACUAAUAUAGUUGAAGUACGAUUAGUUAAAAAAGAAAUUAAAUAA